CGCAGUCGAUUCCGUCGAAGGUAAACACGCGGACCGCGAAGGAUCGGUGAAAAACAAUCGAUUACCGCGUUACGCGCGGCCGACGUAACUGCGCACCGUAAAUCCGUUGUACCCGAGUACAGUUCCCGCCGCGCGCGCUGGAAACCAGUUUGGCUCGAUCAAAACAUCCUCCUGAAACCGCCCGCGCGGCGUCCUCGCUCGGACCUUCGUCCUUCCGAAUCCGCGCUCGAAACGCUUCUCUCCGCGACUUCCGCCGCGCGGAGCGGGCCGACACCGAUAACCCUUCACCGCGGCGCGAAGACACCUCGGCAGACUCCGCUCGCAACGGGAUUCGCCGACGCUCGUAUCGCGAACACGGCGAUUACGUCGUCCGGCCGAUAUCCCCGCUCGAGCCGCGCGCGUUUCACCCGUGACUAGGCCGUCGGUCGAACAAAGUGCCUGACGCAACCGAUCCGAGCGAGCAUAUCGGCGCGCGUCCGAGUAGCGAAACUUUCCUCGCGAUCUGUGCAAUCCACGUCGUUCUUUCCAUCGCGUCGAGCAAUUGUCAAGGGACCAGCGACCGAUCCAACGCAGGAAGAGGAACGAAUCGUCGCGUUCGACGAGGAGACAUGCGAGCGACUUUUGCGAUACUCGCCGUCGUGGCAUUGGCGAGCCGCGCGGCGGGCCAAGCGUCGACGAAUUGGGUGGACGCGCUGACGCAGAACAUCCACGCGUUGACCAGCGACAUCCAGCGCAACGUGGGCCAGCUGAACCAGCAGAUCCAGCAGACCGUGAACACCGAGACGGCCCGAGCGCAUCGCCUGGCGAGCAACCUGCAGCAGGGGAUCGGCGCCGGCUCGGUGCAGCUGGUCGGCGGCGGCGGCAACGUCGUCCUGACGGACGACAGGGGGACCAGGUUCGUGAAAUCGGGCCGCACGUCGGACGGCAACGCGUACGUCUACGAGAGCUCGAGCAGCAUCGUGGGCGACACCUUGCGGAACGAGGUCACCGUUCGCUAUCCGGCUCUGAACGUCUCCAGAGCGUUCGGGUUCACGCUGGACCUGAAGGAUGUCCACGCGAAACCCGUCCCCGUCGACGGGUCCAGCUUCUAAUACGGACGACGCGACGAUCAACCGAAUUACGCACGCCCCACGGACGCUGCAGACGCGCGGACCAGUCGAUCGCGACUACCGGAGGACGCGCCGCCUUCGGGGGUCCACCGAUCGGCCGCCGAUCGGCCGCCGAACACGCGCGUCCAACUGGCGCCGAGAGCAACCGGAGAUCGCGCGCCGCCUUCCUUAAAUGGAAAUGCCUCUGGCUUGUCCUCGAUCGCGAUCUUUCUCUCGUUCCCUUCUCGAGCCGGUCACCCGCCUCGCCCUUUUCCCUCCUAACCUUUGCCACGCGUCGCUUUCGCACCUGGCGAGGCGCGUGCCGCUUUUCCGCGACGCGACCGCGUUGCUUCGAUUAACCCCUUGCUCUCGGGAGCUGACGGUCAGUCAGUUGAUUUGAUUUGCGAAAUUCUUAUGUGUAAUAUUCAGCUUUGUAUGAUGCAGCGAUAUGGGGAAUAUUGAAAUAAAAUAACUUUCCUUAAUUUAUGUAUGUUUCCUCGUUAAUUCAUUUCAAAGAACAGCGUUCGAUAGUCGCGACGAUUGUAA